AUGAGCUCAAUAGAUCUCCAAAAGAAAGUCGGCCAACUGUUCGCGGUGGGGUUCCAUGGCCAUGAACCAAGUCCAGAGGUCAAAACACUCAUCCAUGACUACCACGUCGGAAGUAUUGUUGUUUUCUCCCGGAAUUUCCAAAAUGGCGAGCAACUUCUGGCCUUAACUUCUGCACUACAAAACGAGGCUCGACUUGCUGGACAUGAACGACCUCUACUCAUUGGUAUUGACCAAGAGAAUGGACUUGUCACUCGUAUCUCUCCUCCAAUUGCUACUCAGGUUCCCGGGCCGAUGGCUCUUGGGGCUACUCAUGACCCUGAACUGGCCUAUCAAGCGGGGAAGCUCACAGGCGAAACGCUAGGCUUCUUUGGCGUCAACAUGAACUACGCACCUGUCUGUGACAUUAAUUCGGAGCCCUUGAAUCCAGUCAUUGGAGUCCGCAGCCCCGGUGAUGACCCGGAGUUUGUGGGCCGAUUUGCUAGUGCAAUAGCGCGGGGUCUUCGAGAGACGAAUAUCGUCCCUAGCGUGAAACACUUUCCCGGUCACGGCGAUACUGCUACAGACUCUCAUUAUGGGUUACCAGUUAUCCCAAAAACUCGCGAUCAACUGGAGAGAUGUGAAUUACUUCCAUUUCGACGCGCUGUCGCCGAAGGUAUCGAGACUGUUAUGACGGCUCACAUCUCUCUGCCAAGCAUCGAUGACACACUGCCCGCAACGCUGUCGCCCAAGGUACUCGGGAUUCUACGCAAUGACAUGGCCUAUGAUGGGAUGGUCAUAACAGACUGUCUUGAAAUGGAUGGAAUUCGGUCCACCAUUGGAACUGAACGAGGCUCUGUUCUUGCACUCCAAGCUGGAAGUGACAGUAUUAUGCUGUGUCACACAUUUGAUGUACAGGUUGCUUCCAUCAAAAAGGUAUGCGAAGCAGUUGAAACUGAAAACCUCAUUUCAUCUCGUCUGGAUGAGGCGUGUCGCCGCGUAGCUCAUGUCAAAGACAAAUUCUUAGACUGGGAUACUGCAUUGCAUCAGAAGGGUCUCAAAGAGCUUGACACAAUCAACAGCCGAGCUUCACCAAUUUGCAAAGGGAUAUAUGAGCGAUCCGUGAGUGUUGUUCGCGAUACUAAAGGGAUACUUCCUUUGUCAACAACAUCGAAGGUUGUGCUUCUUUUCCCCGGAGGUACCAUCCCGGUAGGAGGUGCUGUAGAUGGCGAAGGAAUGGGGCGACAGGGGGCUUAUGAAGCUUCCCCGUAUCUUAAUGCGCUCCGGGUCCUCAAUCCUUCCGUGACGGAAAUCAAAUACAAGGAAACGGGGCUAUCUGAUGAGCAAUGGUCUGAUAUCAAAACUGCAGAUGCCGUCGUCUUUGUCUCUAUCAAUGGAACCGAGGCCCCCUAUCAACAGUCCCUUGGUAACGAGCUUCCGCGCCAUGUUCAACACUCGGUUUUCAUUGCUGCCUGUAGCCCAUACGACUUUCUUGAGACGCCCGAGGCUCAAACAUAUAUCACGACAUAUGAGCCGACUAUCGAAGCAUUCACUGUGGCCGCGCGAAUUAUUUUUGGUCAGUUGACACCGAAGGGGUCACUUCCCAUUAGCCGAGGUACCACAAAGAGGCCCGCCUUUAUAACUCCAUUUGAUGCUUCAAAAGACCUAGAUGACGUUGUGUCCCUGUGGAAUGAGGUGUUCCCAACAUACGCUCUUCCCGAUGACAGUCUUCGCAUUUUAGUCGACAGGAAGAAUGGGAAUCACUUCGUAGCCCGAGUCGGCACAAAGCUUGUUGGCUUCUGCCUCGCUUAUCUGAAUUCUUUUGGUCCACCUUCGACUGUGCAUAUUGCGGUUCUGGCUGUUUCCCAGGAUCAUCAAGGUAAAGGAAUCGGAACCUCACUCUUGACAGAAACUCGCUCGUACUUCAGAAACGAAUUCGGUAUCAACGUUAUAGACCUUGGAAGUUCUUUCCCCCGCUUCUGGCCCGGAAUACCUCGUGAUUUACCUGAAUCGGUUCAACAGUUUUUUACUCACCGCGGCUUUCGUCUCAGUCCGCCAGAAUCCCGAGCCGUGGAUCUUUAUCAGGAUAUUCGUAACUUCAGGGCCCCCGAGAAAUAUUUCACUCGUGCGCAAGACCGUGGCUUUCGCUUUGCUCCUUUGCAGUCUGAAGAUUAUGAGGCAUGCCUCGUUGGCCAGAGGAAGAACUUUUCAGAUAAAGCGGGCUGGGUUGAGACAUAUGUUGCUUUACAUCCUAGUAAAUAUCCACAUUGCGUGAUGACGGCCUUUGACUCGGAGGGACAACAGGUUGGAUGGACGCUAAUGUUGCCUCCCUGUCCCAAGUUGAAUGCAGGAUGGGCAUUCCCACAGACAUGUGGUCCAAACACAGGAUUGAUUGGUUGUGUCGGUGUUGAUGCUGACCAUCGUACGUCUGGUAUUGGGUUGGCACUCAUCUCCCAUGCCUUGAAAAAUAUGAAGCAGCGUGGUAUUGAGGGUGUCUUUGUGGACUGGGUUGCUCUUGAUGGGUGGUAUGAGCAAGUUGGCUUUGAUGUUUGGCGCAGUUAUCGGCCAGGCAAAAUUUGA